AUGAUACCCCCAAUUUCCCACUUAUCGAAGCGUCCUCAGAUUUCCAUUCUCCAUUUCCCUCUCGUCGCGAUCUCUGUCUCAAGUACAUUAUGGCCUCCGAUUUGGGGCCCGAAAAUCAUCUCAAAAACAAUCUCGAUUCCGAUAUGUUGUCCUUAUUCUCCUCAUUCGUUCCCGGUUCUCUCCAUUCCACUAAUAAUCGCCGACCCGGUCGCCAUUUUCGCCGCCAAGCGCAAGUACAAACCGGUCGCACAGAAAACACGACCAGUCUUGGCCGACCUCCCCGAACAGUUCCGAAUCGUUCGGAACAUCCUCGGUGACCCUCUCGCUGCCCUUCCGACGCUGACACCGAACCCCCCACCCUUCACGCCGACCGGCAGAUACACAGCCGAACGACGCGACCUCAUCGACAAAGUCCACUCGGACGACUUCCUUUGGCCGGCCGAA